AUGAUGCUCAUGCAGACAGCCCGGAAGACGAUUGGUCGUGGACGAUGCGUGGCUCUAAGCUCCGCGCUGUACUCCACGGAGCGCGUAUUUCCAAACUUCUCGGUCUAUGGUAGCGACUCAGUUUUUCAGGUGGCGCCUAAUGCUCCGCAGUAUACUGAAGGUGGCAGCUACCUUAAGGCUAAGCGUAUGGGUGCCAUCAUGCUGUCGUGGGCGAAAGCUACGACGUCGGGUUACAACUACCAAAACAAGACCUUUUUUUCACUGAGUCCGUCUGAGGUUGGAUUGGUGCUGGAGCUGCUGGACUCGCGAAUUCCGGAGCUGUCGCUUACGCACUCGCCUAACAUGAACGCGCCCGAGGACGAAAAGAAAACCAAGUCACUGCACAUUGCGCGUGUGGCGGGUGUUGAUGGUGCUUCUGUGAUCCAGAUAAAGGUUGAGCACGAAACCGAAUCUCUUGCCACGCUGAACGUCGGCGAAGCACGUGUCUUCCAGGAGUUGCUUACUUACUCGCUUCCCCGCUUGUUUGGCUUCCACACGGUGCUGGAAGGGCCUCUAAACGUCGAAGGUGCAUCUGGCAGCGGGUUUUCGCAGAAAAACAGUAGCUCGUACUCGUCUGGCACCGCCAACGGAUAUCGUAGCUCGAAUAGCAAGCCUGCUGGUGACUGGCCCUUCUAA